UAGGAUGAGAUAAUUUACCAGUCUUCCGAGUGUAAACAAACAAUGGGAGGAGCUCAGUACACAUGUUCGCCUUAGCAACGCCUAAUUGAUGUCUGAAUGCAUGUAAACCAUCAGCGAGUGGUGUCAGUUUUCCGACCUCAAUUUAAAUCAGCUGCCUGAGAAUAUUAUCUAUCAACUUAAGAUGUCUUCCAAGGUAUCUACCCCUCGCCUGAUCAGUAAAGUUGGAACAAGAAUCUUGACGUGUGAACCUACUGAGCUCUAUAACAUCCUCCAACAGGCUACCGUCUACCCUGCACUUAGUGAUCAGAACUACCUCCUAUUGUUAGAUGCCAGACAGAAAAAUGAAUACAACGAAAGUCACAUUCUUACAUCCAAGAGAGCUCUAAGGACUGCAGACGACAAGUUUCUUGUACCCUACGGUGCAGAAAUUGAAUGUAAGAUGCACGUUAUUGUCCUUGAUAACAAUACUAGCGGUCUUUCAAAAAGAGAUAGUCCAGCCUUUAAGUGUGCGAAGGUAAUGGCAGAGGCAGGUAGCAGAAACCCUGUUCGCAUUCUUAGAGGAGGUUAUGAAGAGUUCUCUGCCCUCUACCCUUUUCUCAGGACACAAAAGAUAUUGUACAUGCCACAAGAGUUGGAUGAACUUCGGCCUUACCCAGUAGAAGUACUUCCAGGUCAACUGUACCUUGGUAAUUACCAGCAAGCGUGCAGUCCUGGGGUGAAGAAAGACCUGAAGGUCAAAGGAGUGUUACAUAUCGCACAAGAUGCUGAAGAAUUACAAGACGGACUGGUCGGAGCAGAAUUGAUGCACUGCCCUCUCUCUGAUGGGAAUGAAGCGGAUAUGCUCUCACAGUUAUCACAAGCUUGCCAGUUUAUAGGAAAGCAUGUGACAGAGAAGAAUGCAGUUCUAGUGAGUAGUGAGCAUGGGAUAAGCCGGAGUGCUGCAGCUAUCCUAGCAUACCUCAUGUACCAUUACAAGUGGACUCUACAGAAAGCGUACAAACACCUGCAGAACUGCAAGAGCAAUAUCAGACCGCAUCGGGACUUCGUUUCCCAGCUCUCCAAAUGGGAGGAGGAUAUAUUUGAAGAAGGCGUUCAGACAAAUAUAUCAGACCCCUAUUACUGAAGGCAAUGACAAUACUUUUUGUGUUUGUACUCAGGCGCCUAAUUGGAUACAAUUUUGAAACUAUGCAAUAUACCAAGAAUAAAGAACAAAGCUUGAUCAUGUA